AUGGAGCUAGUUCUCAAGGCCAAAGAUUUUAUGUCUAGUGCCAACGAUGUGCAGUACAUGACUAAACUGCCUCAAUUCUGCUUCAGCAAGAACGAUUAUAGCAUUGAGAUUAAAGAUAUCGUCUUUAAAACUGUUCGAGCUUGGUUGAAGGUUCCAAACAAGAAUACCAGCUAUGUUCAAGGAGAGCUUCUCAACAUUAUUGUGCAUUUGGGUGGUAUAUCCAUGUUCUAUUUUGAUGAAGUUUGGUCGGCAUACAUUAAAGCUCCAGUAUUUCUUAUGCCUGGAGCUAACUCAACACAACACCAGAGUGCUCGAUACAUUGAAGAUGCUGUACAAAAAUUUGAAAUCUCUUUUCAACAGCAUCCUGCUUUUGUUAAAUCAACACCUGAGCAUCUUCUGCUCAAAUAUCUUGAUCAAUAUAUCUCUGAUUGGCACCAAGACUCACAACCCGAGGCAACAUCAAGUCAAGAGCAUCGAGAAGCAAAGAUGGAACUCUUUCUACAGUAUCUUAUGCAUCUAGUUCCUAUUGUCAGCAGCACUCCAGCACAAAUUCACCAGGGCAAGGAUAACUUGUUGAAGUCCAUUAUAACCAAUCUAGAUUUUUUCUCGCCAUUCCAUCAGCUUGCACCUACUAUAGUCCAUGCAGAAAUCACUAUAUUUAGCAACAGUCACAAGCUGAAAUCACAUAUCGGCCUAUUCAACAUGCUAUGUUUCCAUGGAGUCUUCUAUGGAACUGAAUGGUGCAAAACAAAUCUCCGUUGGUUUGAUUGCUAUGAUGACUGGCUUCAAUUCUAUGAUGAUCUUCUCAAGGGAGGCUAUAUGAAAGAUUCUGCUGAGAAUUAUCUUGUCAAUAAAAAGGCUUAUGGUCCCCAUAUGGGAAAAAGUUGCAAGACGGAUGACAUCAAAAGCUAUUGGGAAAUGAGUCUAGAGCAUGAGGAGAAAUAUCUGGAAAUAAUUGGAAAUAAUGAUCAUUGGGCUCUCUACAAGUUUUUCCUGCUCUUUCCAGGUGUUGGCCAGCUUAUAUCUCUGCUCCUGGUUGGAGAUACUAUUGAGUGCAAUCUGUUACCUCCUGUCAAGGCUGAGGUCUGGGGAGCAGUUAUUGCUGAAGUCAACUUGGGAGGAAAGCGUGGUUUGGUUCAACUGGAGCUCAUCAACAAAGACUCUGCAAAAAAAGCAGACAUACAGCUUGCAUUUGCAGAACUCUUCAACUACAUCUCAGACAAAAUGCCUCGGCAGACUCAGCAAUUGAUCUGA